AAGCUAUUAGGCCAAGAAGUGAAAAAAUUGGUCAACCACAGGUAGGUCUCCUGGGUAUAUUUCAGUAUUUGACAGACUGGUUUCAUUGCUAAAUAAUGAAAAUUGUUGAUGAGACCAAGCUGAUUAACAAGUUGAUUAACCGCUAAUAGUAGAAGUAUUUCUUUGCUGGCUGACCCUGAGCAACAUUUUUUGGCCUGCCACAAACUCUCUUCCAAAAGAAUGAACGUUCACAGUGCAAAUUUGUGAAAAUCAAUUUACAGCAACAAAUUUUUUUUGCAAACUUUCCACAUUGUUUAGUAGGUAGCCCCUCCAUUUAUCAAUCACAGUUUACUUACUAGUUGUAUAGCAAACUCACGUAAUAACAAUGGAACCCUACCUUUAAAAGUUCUAUUUUUACAUAGACUCUUUUACAGACUGCAAUGUGUUUUUAUUGGAGAUCACAACAAUGCCCAAAUAUACAAUGAGAUAUUUGGUUCAAUAAACCUAUUCAAGGGAAACAAAAUGUAUCCUCUACCAGGGCAGCAGAUAUUACAGGUACAUUUUCCACCAGCUACAGCUAGAAGAUUUCAAGACCAUAUUUAGCCAGAGACAUUAUCUGGGAAGAUUUAGUGAAAAAUCAAUCAGUGGGCCUGGUAGAAGGUGGAGAUCAAUUUUUGAAAAUGUUGAAACUUUGUGUAUUGCAAGUGAAUCAGCAGGAGACAUUGAAAGUUCCAUUUGAAUGGACCUAAGUUGGUGCCUAAACAACCAUUUUACCAACUUAUGGUACUAGAGAAAGGUGCCAGCCAUGUCCACGUGAAAAUUCAAACCUCAGAUCCUAAUCCCUCAAGCAUGUUGUUUCAUCUCGACUUGGUCAAUACUAGCAAACCUGACAAUGGUGAGAGUCGUCAAGUUUUUGGUGAUGACAAAAUAAAAUUUAAGCUGAAGCCAGGACAGGAAUACAGACUUACAGGCUACACAAUGGAUCUGUACAAGAACUCCCUUGGUGGAUUAAAAUUCCGUGCAGAGUUGAGUAACUUGGAACUGAAAGAACUGCUGCAAAGGGCAACGAUUGUUACAAAUAAACGUGGUGGUAAACUCAUUAAAUGUAAAUACUUGUAUCGAAAUAAAACUGACCAAUACUUCAUGGACAUCUUUCAAAAAGAUGGAAUAAUGAAGGUAUACAAGAAAGACAAAAAUGGAGACCAAGGGUCACCAAUUAAUGGAAAACUUGACGGACUGUUCUUUGCCUCUAACCCUGACCCGGAGACAGGACUUCCUCCUCUCAGGUCAUUUUUUGGUCCAAGGAGAGUGAAUAUCCCAGCAUCCGACCUGUUUGUGACAGGCACAAAUCUUUAUUUUGCUGAUUUUUACUGCAAUAGGAGAGCACAUUAUGUAACCCUUGUGCUCACUUUAGCUGGAUCAACAGCAGACCAAUUUUGCAGGGAGAAACUUCUUACAAUUGAUCCCUACAAAAACUUAUUUUUCAUGAAAGCCGAGGAAGAACAUUCAAGCUAUGUCUAUACAUCAAGAAAUAUUUGGGUUGAAAUCUUUUACACAGAAAAUGUCGACCUUUUGCCAUAUCUGUUUCGAGGUUUAAUUGUUAGUGUGCCUAGCACAGGUACUUCCAGACCAGAAGGAAUUCCUAAGAACCCAAAAUGUCACAUUUGUAAUUUGUGAAACAAUUUUACAUGUAAGUAAUAGUAAUUUUCAUGAAAAAAACAUUUUCUGAUCCUGUACAGUAGCAAAAAUGCACAGAUUUGCAGGGAAAUAAAAUGUUUGAGAGCCUUGAUUAUAGGUUGAAAAUAAUAAAAUGUUGUGGCCACUGAAGAAGUGAUUAUGUACAAAGAACCAAAACAAAUAAUAUUAAUACUGAAUCAUGCAACUGCAAGGUAAUUUUAUAACCGGCACAGUGUCAUUAACUUUACUGUGCAAUGGACCUUAACUAGAAAUAACAGAAGUAAUCAGUUACAUUUUUAUAUGCUAAUCAGUAAAAUCUACAUUCAUGUCAGACAUAACAAUAUUGGUAUAGGCAUUUUAUGCAGUGAUAAUUGUACAGUAAAGAAACAUUUUUUGUGUUUUGCCUUUGUUAAGGUCCAUUCAAGGCAUGUGGAAAACUCACUUAUUUACUUAUUUAUUAUUAGAAUCAGUCAGCAUAUUAUCAUUCACUUUGCAUCAGUCUUGCAAGAAUAUUUAUCUUUCUCUGUGUACAGACAAAUGGAUAUCUUAAAUCUGAUAAGUAAAAACCUUUACUUGUUAACUAUUGCAUAAUAAAAAGUAUGUAAAUCAGACGCUGCCACUGUGUCAUGCAUAUAGAUUCCCCUGUAGAUAACGUGUAUAAAGUCUGCAUUUUGUACAUAAUAAACAUACUUACGAUUUGGAACUGAA